CCAACCUCCCUCCAGCUCUCUCUCAAAAACCACUCCUUAAACCUCAUUUCUCUCUCUCUCUCUCUCUCUCUCUCUCUCUCUUUUCUUUGUUCUAAAUUCUAAUCAACCAUGGCCAACUUCUUUAACACCCACUUCUCAGUCUUUCUAUGUACCUUUAUGAUCUUUUUCUCUCUACCUAUCUCUCUCUCUUACACCUCCUCCAUCCAUGACCUUCUUCGCUCCAAAGGCUUACCACCUGGUCUACUUCCUAAGGAGGUUAAGUCCUACACACUCUUAGACAAUGGUACACUAGAAGUGUUUCUAGAUGGGCCAUGUCUCACCAAGUUUGAGAAUAGGGUCUACUUUGACAGUGUUGUGAGGGCAAAUCUUAGCUAUGGAAGUCUCAUAGGUGUUGUUGGUUUGUCCCAAGAAGAGCUUUUUCUAUGGCUACCUGUGAAAGAUAUCAUUGUUGAUGAUCCAAAUUCAGGGCUUAUACUGUUUGACAUAGGGGUUGCUCACAAGCAACUCUCUUUGUCACUUUUUGAAGAUCCACCUAGUUGUAAACCACAAGGUGGUUUGGAGAAUCAUGUGAGGAGGGAGAAAGGUUUUGAGGCUUUGAGAUAGAGAGAUUUCAACUGUCUCAAAGUCUGUCGUUUUCAAUUUUAUGUAAUAAUUAAUAGUCUUCUAAUUAUAGUUAUAUGUGUAGGUGGGUUUAGAUUAGAGGCUGAGCAGUAGUUUGUAAAGAUGUGAAGUCCUGGAAUCAAGGGUCCCAAUCAAAUUAGAAGCGAGUUCUAAA